AUGUUUUUCAAGCUUUUAAUGACCUUCUUUGUUGCGUCGAUGGUUGUUGAAUCCAUUGACACCAACAAAAUUAUUCCCACUUAUCAAAAUUGGUCAAACUCAAUCUAUGAACAACUAGAAUCUGAUAAUGUUUUGACACUUUAUUUUCAAAAUUGGAAGCCAUUAGGCUCUUUACAAAUCAAAUAUCCUGAAGAUAGACUGGUUGAAUUGGGUAAUUAUUUAUCACCUUUAGAAACUUCUUCAAUUCCUAUUGAAUUCACUUUUAAAUCAUUCACGCCAAUCACAAAACAGUUCAAAAAGGAAUACUAUUCAAUCACUUUAACUGAUCUUGAUUCAAACCCUGGUGAUGGUGGCUCGUAUUCAUACGAAAAAUGUCAUUCAAUUUGGCAAAAUUUGAAAUUUAAUGAAGAUGAUUUCACAAUAAUCGAAAAUCCAGAUGAUAAAAAGUCAUUCAUAACAACAUUUGAUAUUACAAGUUUCCAAAAGUCUCAAUUAAUGGAGUAUAUUGGGCCUGGACCAAAACCGAAUACUGAUGUUCAUCGUUAUGUUUUCAUUUUGUUUAGACAACCUUUUGGGAAAUUACCAAAUCACAAAUUGAGAUUUAGAGAAAGAUGGGGAUCUAAAUAUGAAGGACAUGGUGUUGAAGAUUGGGCUAAUUAUUAUGGGCUAAAACCUAUUGCCAUUAAUUAUUUCAAGUCAUCAAAUGAAGAUUAA